AUGUCGACUGGGUUCGCGGCGGAGAUCGUCGGCAUCGUCAAUAAACUUCAGGAUGUCUUUGCCACUGUUGGGUCUACGAGCGCCAAUAUCGACUUGCCCCAGAUAUGUGUGCUGGGAAGUCAGAGUUCUGGAAAGAGUUCCGUGCUCGAGAACAUCGUUGGACGCGACUUCUUGCCGCGAGGGUCCGGUAUCGUCACACGACGGCCUUUGGUUCUUCAAUUGAUCCACCGACCAGUACCUGGUGGCGCCCCCGUAACAAACGGUGAGACGAAGGGCGACAACAAGAACAACGAGAACGAGUGGGGCGAGUUCCUGCACCUGCCCGGCGAGAAGUUCUACGACUUUAACAAGAUUCGUGAGGAGAUCGUGCGCGACACUGAGGCGAAGACGGGCCGCAACGCCGGCAUCUCUCCCUUGCCGAUCAACUUGCGCGUCUACUCGCCCAACGUCCUCACUUUGACGCUCGUCGACUUGCCCGGUUUGACUAAGGUCCCUGUUGGAGACCAGCCGAAGGAUAUCGAGAAGCAGAUCCGCGAUAUGCUUAUGAAGUACAUCUCCAAGCCGAGUUGUAUCAUCUUGGCUGUUACUGCUGCGAACCAGGAUCUCGCCAACUCAGACGGUUUGAAGAUGGCGCGUGAGGUCGACCCGGAGGGUUUGAGGACGAUUGGUGUGCUCACCAAGAUCGACUUGAUGGACCAGGGAACCGAUGUCGUCGACAUUCUCGCCGGCCGCAUCAUUCCUCUGCGUUUGGGCUACGUGCCUGUUGUCAACCGUGGUCAGCGUGAUAUCGACACUUCCAAGUCCAUUCAGGCAGCACUCGAGGCCGAGCGGGCGUUCUUCGAGAACCACCCGUCAUACAAGGCCAAGGCCCAGUUCUGCGGUACACCUUUCCUCGCCCGCAAGCUCAACAACAUCCUCAUGCACCACAUCCGCUCGACGCUACCCGACAUCAAAGCGCGCAUCAGCUCUCAACUGCAGAAGUACAAUGCAGAGCUUAUUACCCUUGGCGGCGCAAUGGGUAACCAGAACUCGCAGUCCGUGGUAUUGAACGUCAUCACCGAGUUUACGAACGAGUUCCGGACCGUCAUUGACGGUAACACGAACGAUCUCAGCUUGAACGAGCUUUCGGGUGGUGCUCGUAUCUCAUUCGUCUACCACGAGCUGUUCAACAAUGGUGUGAGGAGCAUCGACCCGUUCGAUCAGGUCAAGGACGGAGAUAUCAGGACGAUCUUGUACAACUCCUCUGGUUCGACCCCCGCACUCUUCGUUGGUACCGCCGCUUUCGAAGUCAUCGUCAAGCAGCAGAUCAAGCGCCUCGAAGAUCCCUCGCUGAAAUGUUGCCAACUGGUCUAUGACGAGCUCAUUCGCAUCCUGGGUCAGCUUCUCGGCAAGAUCCAAGCCUUCCGUCGCUACCCGCAGCUCCGCGAUCGCUUCAACAGCACCGUCGUGAACUUCUUCAAGACGGCCAUGUCACCCACGACGAAGCUCGUCACAGAUCUCGUCUCGAUGCAAGCAUGCUACGUCAACACCACGCACCCGGACUUUAUCAACGGCCACAAGGCCAUGUCCAUCGUCCAGGAUCGCUUGAGCCAGGGCAAGCCGCAAACGCCUGAGCCUGGCGCGAAGGGCGGGAAGAUGCCGAUCAACGGUGCAAAGGACUUGGAUGUCGACCCGAGGAAGGAGGAGCAAAGUUUCUUCUCUACCUUCUUCAGUGCGGGCGCUAAGGGCGCGCAGAAGAAGAAGGGUCCGCAGCCGAUGGAGGCGCCGCCGCAGAUCAUCAGGCCGCAGGCGGCGUUGAAUGAGAGGGAGACGAUGGAGACGGAGGUCAUCAAGCUCCUCAUCCACUCCUACUUCAACAUCGUCAAGCGCGAGAUGAUCGACAUGGUCCCCAAAGCUAUCUCGCUCACGCUCGUCAACUUCUCGAAGGAGAACCUCCAGCGCGAGCUGUUGCAAGAGCUGUACAAGCCCGAGGUGUUGGAUGAGCUGCUUAAGGAGAGCGACUACGUCGUCAGCAGGAGGAAGGAGGUCGUGUCCAUGGUCCAGGCGCUGAAUAAGGCGGAGGAGAUCGUCGCGGGCGUUUAA